AUGUCUGAAAAGAUAAAAAUUGGCGAUUAUUUGAUCGUGCAGCGUCAGAAGUACACGAAGCUGCAAAAGUUUGUCAAUCAAAACGCGACUGUGCAGCUAGGAAAAGAUCAGAUCGAGUUGCGUUUGGCGGAAAACCAUCCGUACCAAACUACAUUCCUUCUUGUGCCAAAACAGGAACGGGGCAAACGGCUAUAUACACUCGACGCCCUCUCAACGCCGUCGGAAAUUCGAAACCUAAAAGAUCUGCUGAUUAAGGAAAGUGGUCACGAUAACCGAAACAUCAUCGAUGAUCGACAAUCGCAGACACUAUCGACGGAGGAGAUUCUUAAGUUGCGUGAAGAAUGCGAAUCUUCUUCGGAGGUGAUUGGAAAGCUGGUGGAAAAUUCAAAAAGCUUUGCUACGAAAACAGAGUACUCGCAAGAAAAGUAUCUUAAGCGAAAGGAGAAAAAAUACUGUGAGUACAUUACGAUACGGCGCCCAUCAGUUCGGUUGUUGGCCGACAUCUAUUGGCGUUUGGAUCCAGAGAAAGUACUCGGCGUACGCUUUGAUACAUUGUCGCAGAUCAUAUCGUACAGCGGAGUGUGCAACGUCGGAAACUAUCUGCUGUAUGAAUCGGGUACGAAUGGGUUGCUGCCGGCAGCGAUGCUGAACUCUAUAGGACCUCAAACUAGGGCCAAGCUAGUGCAUCUGCAUCCUGGAAAUGUCGCACAAAAAAAGGCACUUUUGGCAAUGGAUUUCCCUAACGAGCAGUUGGCCCGAUGUGUAUCAGUCAACAUCUAUUCUGUGUUAAGGCAUUUCUAUCAGGAUAAAGAGAUGAACAACGGGGAGAAAGUACCGCUGGAGGAGAUAAUGGAAGCUAAACCCGAACCAGAGUCCGAUAAGUCUGAAGCUGUCGCAAACGACGAAGGAGUAAAUGGAACACACAAGCGGAAACAUGAAGCUGACGAUGGUCCUGAAGCAAUCGAAGAGGAGCCAAAUACAAAACUCGUGAAAUUGGACAAUCAAAAGCUGCUUUGGGAGAUAGAGAACAAAGCUGCGGCCGAGAUCAUGCGAGAUAAAUUUGAUUCGCUGGUUAUAGUGGCAAAGGAACACCCGUAUAGUAUUCUGAAGGCAUUAUUGCCGUUUCUGAAAUCCAGUCGCCCUGUCUUAAUUUUUAGCACUUCGAGAGAACUUUUGACCGAGUGCUAUGUGGAGCUGAAGUCAGAGGCUUCUGUGACGUAUCUACGCCUUACUUCGAAUUGGAUGAGACAGUAUCAAAUACUGCCCAAUCGUACCCAUCCGGAUGUAACCAUGUCCGGUAGCAGUGGGUAUUUGCUGACGGGUUACACAAUAGGGAACUGA